AUGUAUCGGACACAAUUUCACAAAGCACUUCGGUCGUCAAGACUAACACAACCACACCAUGUCUGCCGGAAGGUGUCUCCUCUUGCUCGUGCAGCCUUCUCCACUUCGGGGCGGCGCGACAUCAUGGGUUUGACCGGUUUCACAGAAGAACAGCUCACAGUCCGAGAUGCCAUCUCGCACAUUUGCUCAAAGUUUCCAAACACAUACUGGCAAGAGCGCGAUCAGGAAGAGAAAGAUCCAAAGGAAUUCCACGCUGCGUUAGCAAAGGAUGGAUGGCUUGGCAUUGCUUUACCUGAGUCCCUGGGGGGUGCUGGUUUAGGAAUCUCUGAGGCUACCAUGAUGAUGCAGACCAUCACACAAUCCGGUGCUGGCAUGGCAGGCGCACAGUCUAUCCACGCCAAUGUCUAUGCGACGCAACCUUUGGCCAGAUUUGGUAGCAAGGAGCAGUUGGAGACAACAAUCCCAAAUAUCAUCAACGGGACAUGGCGUACCUGCUUCGGCGUGACAGAGCCGAAUACUGGACUUGAGACUUUGAAGUUGUCAACCCUUGCGCGCAAAACCGACGAUGGCUAUUCAAUCACCGGCCAGAAGAUUUGGAUCACUUGUGCCCAGGUGGCAUCGAAGAUGAUUCUGCUUGCGCGCACUACUCCCCUUGAAGAAGUGAAGAAAACCAGUGAAGGUCUCUCCAUAUUUUGCAUCGACGUCGAUCGUGAGAACCCAGGUCUUGAUUUGCGAAAGAUCAAAAAGAUGGGUGGACGUGCCGUGGAUGCCAACGAGGUCUUCUUUGACAAUUAUAAAAUCCCGGCAAACACCUUGAUCGGCAAAGAAAACGAAGGAUUCAAGAUUAUUCUCCACGGUAUGAACGCAGAGCGAUGUCUUUUGGCGGGCGAGGCGUUAGGUCUUGGAUACGCAGCCUUGGAGAAGGCAUCACAGUAUGCCAAGGACCGAGUCGUGUUUGGACGGCCUAUCGGACAGAACCAAGGUGUCGCCCAUCCUUUGGCCGAUGCUUUCAUGAAGCUGGAAGCCGCAAAGCUAGCGACUUACCACGCGGCACGUCUGUACGACAGCAAUGAUGGCUCAGUUCCCUUCCAUGAGAUCGGUGUGGCAUGCAACAGCGCCAAGUACUUGGCUGCUGAGGCGGCUUUCACAGCGUGUGAGCGAGCUGUCCUGACGCACGGUGGCAUGGGUUAUGCGAUGGAGUAUGAUGUGGAGCGAUACAUGCGUGAGUGCUUUGUGCCUCGCAUUGCACCUGUUAGUCGGGAGAUGAUCCUGAACUACGUUAGCGAGAAAGUGCUUGAACUGCCAAGAAGUUACUAG